GCGGCGAGGCGCCCUAAGAUGGCGGCGCUGGGGGAGGACUUUGCGCUGUGCGAGCUGCCGGGGGCCCCGGCGCCCGACAUCCUCCUGGGCGUCGAGCGGGGCCGCGAGCCCGGCCACUUUCUGCUGACGGACAGCGGCAGGACCGUCACCGUCUACAAGGUUUCAGAUCAAAAGCCCUUGGGCUGUUGGUCAGUCAGACAAGGUCAAAAUAUAACAUGUCCAGCUGUGUGCAACUUUCAGACUGGAGAAUAUGUUGUCGUUCAUGAUGAAAAGGUUUUAAGGAUAUGGAAAAAUGAAGAUGUAAAUUUGGAUAAGGCAUUUAAAGCAACACUGUCAGCUAAUGUGUAUAGGAUACAUUCCCUGCCAAACACUGAGCCGGUGGUGCUGUUCAAGGGGGGAGCUGUCAGACGCUUAGAUGCUUUGCUUGCCAAACCCCAACGGAGAAUUGAAGCUGUUAUUUCUGAUGAAGAAGUAAUAAAGUGGACGGAGUUGCUUAUGGACGCUCAACAACAGGUUUUAAUUUUUGUCACAGAGAAGCAUGGAGAUUAUUUUGCGUACGUACAGACGUUUCCCCCACAUAACUUAAAAAAAUAUACACUCCUGCCGGGAGAUGAAAAAUCUAUUCCUCUGAGUUUUACAGCCUGUGUUCAAAACAGAAAUGUCUCACUACUGUGUUUAGGCUCCAGUGGGUGUGUUUAUAAAGUUCUGAUACCACUGACUAAAAAAGCCCCAAAAGAAACUGAAACUCUGCUCUGGACGCUACUUCUCAAGUCUGUUAUGCCCUGCGGUAGCAGAAAAGGUGGAUCACUUGUUGUCCUAGAUGGAAAUAACAUAGCCGUCUUGGGAACUUCAGCCAAAGUUGCUAAAGAGUGUCUCUCCAUAUGGGACUUGAAAUUUCAAACAGUAAAGACUUCAAAAGAACUGCCACUUGGAACUAACGGGCAACUCUGGUGUCAUGGCCACAGACUCUUCAUACUUCAUGGAAAAUUUCUGACUGUGAACCCAUUCAGGUGUGAAAUGUCAUCAUUAGCAUCUGUUCUUGGAAAACUAAAGUCUGUUCAAGCUCCAGACCCCCAAGCCCUAUCUACCUUUGUAAACUGGAGGACAUUUCAAGGGGAAGGUCCUGAGUUCCAGGACUCGGAUCAAUCCAACUCACCAAAGGAAGAGACAAAGAGAGUUUUGAGGACAAGAAAAAACAAUGUCACAAGAUGCAAACCAAAGCCUCUGACAGCUGAACAACUACUGUCAGACAUAAAGGGUGCUUCCAAAAAGCAUAUUGAAGAACAACUCUCCAAGUUUUUAUCAAAUAAAUGGACACCUGAUUUUCAAAUUUCCAUUGGGCACCUAGCCGUGGGAAUAGUGAGCAGGUGUAAAGUAGAACCAACGUUUUAUCCCCAGAAGAGUUUGGUGCAACUUGUCAGAACCCAAGCCCUAUCAUACAGCUUGUGUCCCGAUUUAAUGGUCGUUGCCAUAGGAAAGACAGAUGUGCACCUGUUGCACCUCUGUCUCCAGCAGUUCCCCGACAUUCCGGAGCCAGUUAUCUGUGCCUGCUUAAAGACUUUCUUAAGCAUCAGUGAUGACUGUCUCGAAGGAAUAAAUAUAACGACAGAGUCAGUGUCUGAACACCCAUGUAUCGAGUCAAAGGAGAAAAUUGAAAGACAAACCGGAAUUAUUCAGAAUGGCUUUGAUCCUUCAUCACUGGAAGAGGAGAGCAGUGAUCAUCAGUUAAUUCAAACAUCAGAUAGCAAAAUUGAGGCCCUUCUAACGUGCCCUAUCACAACAAAAAGGGCAACUUUACUAAAUGCAAUUCUCCAGUCUGCUUACAGUGAAACGUUUCUCCUCCCUCACUUGAAAGACCUGACGGCGCAGCAUGUCAUUCUCUUUCUUCAGUAUUUGCAUUUCCUUUAUGUGAAGUGUAGUGAAAAUGUCAGUAUGACUCUUCCCGGACCGUGCCCUCCAACCCUCAACCAGAUUAUGGAUUGGAUGUGCCUACUCCUUGAUGCUCAUUUUGCCGUCAUAGUGAUGCUACCAGAAGCAAAAGAACUACUGAGGAAUCUUUACAAGUUUGUGAAAGACCAAGUAUGGAUUUAUUCUGAACUGAACAAGAUUGAAGGAAGUUGGAAAGAAAUACAGAAACUAAGCCAGGAAACUAACCUAGGAUUCUAUUGUAUUGAAGUACAUGAACUCUUUUGAGUGAGACGGACAUUCUUCUCGGACUCUUUUAUGAUACCUUUUUCUGCGGCUUUUUCCUACUCACGUAGGCAAGAGAAGUGGUUUGUUCUGUGGCCACAUGGUAUUUGUCAAAGGCAAAUUUCCCAAUCUACCAGAAAUCGACAUCGGUACGUCUCACUCCCUGAGACUUCUGGGUUUCCUAAAGGACUGUUCUGGUCCCACAGAAUGUGGGGAGAUGGGGAGACUCUGUCUAAAAAACAUUUUUUUUAAUGUAAUUUGGUUGAUUUUAAGUAAACUGCUAUUUGUGUACUCAUAAAACCUAUAAUUUCUUAUCUGAUGUUUGGAGUGAUACUUCUCAAGGAACUUAGCUGCCCUUGAGGUGUGAGUGCAAAAUAAAUCAGACAACCUUAUUGGAAUAAAAUUUGUGUGAGAAAGACCAGAACCAGAAUUCUUGGGUGCCAGAGACCAGCAAGCAAGUAGAAGAAAUGCUGAUUCUUUUGAGAGCAGCCAUGGGCUGCUCCUCCACCACAUUUCACCUAGACCAAGGUAUGGAAGUGGUCAUCGAGUUGGAGGCCGUCAAGGAUGUCAAGGAGGUCCCCAAGUAGGUGCACAGCAAUUCCUCUCCUUCCACUUCGCCUAGUCCUUUAGCCAAUGACUAACUCCCUGGCUGGCUGCAAACUGUCACUAACUUCAUGCUCUCCCCUUUUCCCGCCACGUGCCAUUUCUCUUUCCUGUUUAAGAAAUAUGCCUGUAUCCCUUUCCCACCCCCUAAAUAUCUCACAGGGUCAGAGAGGUUAACAAGAAAAAAUUUUCAGUUACUUGUUAGACUAGUAAGUUGAAUGACUUGAUGUUUUGCUUUUUUUUAAGGAUGUAAAUAAACAGAGAGGAGUCUUAAUCCAAAUAAUAAAUGCAAGUCUUAAAUUC